AUGAUCUGCCCUCAGCAAGAUAUACCUCCACACGCCUUGGAUGCGGCCGAUGGGCUGUGCUCCCAAGGGCACUCAGUCACGGUGUAUUGCACUAAGGCUCCUCUUAGGAGAGUCAAAGAUUCCCCAUCACCACAGUAUUGCCAGUGUGAUAUCGGCAUCUUGAGAUUGCUCUUGCUGAUACCACACCCCAUCAUGGGGAUAUUCGUCUUAUUCCUCCGUGCUCUGUGCAUGACAAUUCGGAUGUUCGUUGCCUCCUAUUACUACGACGCCAUCAUGCUGUAUAAUAUCUCUCAACAGUCGUCCUCUUCCCCUUGUCCCUCUGUGGCCUCCAUCUCGUCUAUUGCUGGUGUUCCGGUCGUAGUGAUGGGCGUCAUCACGCCGAUGGGAGGAUAUGCCCAAGCCGGAAGUGCCAAAGAAUGUAUGAGAGGCUAG